AUGCCAUGGAUUUUCCUUGGCAUUAGCUCCGUAGUCUUUCUCAUUAUUGUGUUUGCGGGCCCCAGAGAAGUAACCGAGGGAUCUUGCCACGGAGAAGGAUGUUUUGGCAACGACUAUUGCUGCGUGAGUUCCAGCAGUCUUUGUUCUGGCGGUUGUGUUUGUACGAGUACGAGUACGAGUACGAGUACCGUCGAUGGCGACGAGGAUGACAGUUGGUGCAUUGAAGCCGGAACGGGUCUAAGCCUCCAAAAGGGAUCCAUGAUCGCUGCUUGGCUGUUUCUGACGGCAAUAGUUGUGUCUUGCUGUUGGCUAGGCUCUCUGAUCAGCGCCGACGGUUGGCACAGUGACGGAAUCAUUGCGUUGGAUGCAGCUGCGCCCAAUACCGGUACGGCCAAUACGCCGCCUACUGGAACCGAGGACCAAAGCGGUGCAUUAAAAGAGGAGGAAGAGCAGGAUUUGGACGUGGAGGCCGAGGCCACGGAUACGGCUUCAACCAAUGACGAAAUUGACUGUGAAGAGACCAAGGCGGGCAACAAUGAAGUAGUCAACUCUGAAGGUUUGGAAAGAGUCGGCGAUGGAGCGGAAACCAACUCCUGCACGGCCGGUGAUACCGGUACUAGCAGGACAGUUUGA